AUGCAAUUCCCGCCUUCUCCCGGAGGGCAGGAGCCGCUCUGGAGGCGCUUCCCGAGACCGAAUCCCGAGGAAUUCCACCCAAAAUUCACUCCGGGAGUCACCCCGGAGUUUAAAAACGCGGGCAGCCGCCUGUGGCUGGCGGGCACCGCGGGCAGCGCGGGCAGCGCGGGCAGCGCGGGCAGCGUCCGCCGCCAGGCGCCCGCCUCGGGGACCGUGCGGGGACAGGCGCGACAUCCCUUCGGCUUCGGCCAGGUGCCGCCCAACUGGCGGGACGGAGCGCUGGGCGACGGCGCGGGGGGACAGCGGCGACAGGCGGCGCGCGGGCGGCAGGGGGUGGCCGUGUCGUCCUUCGCCUUCGCCUCGGCGGGACAGCCGCCCUUUGUCGCCGCGGGGGUGGCGACGCACGGAGAGGGCGCCGAGGGUGUCCCCGCGUCGCGGGGAACAGCGAUGGGGACAGGGAUAGGGACAGGGAUGGGGACACCUCUGGGGACAGGGAUAGGGACACCUCUGGGGACAGGGAUAGGGACACCUAUAAGGACGGGGACACCUAUAGGGACAGGGAUGGGGACAGAAAUGGGGACACCUAUAGGGACAGGGAUAGGGACACCUAUAAGGACAGGGAUGGGGACACCUCUGGGGACAGGGAUAGGGACACCGAUAAGGACAGGGACACCGAUAGGGACAGGGAUAGGGACAGAAAUGGGGACAGGGACAGGGAUAGGGACAGGAGUGGGGACACCUUUGGGGACAGGGAUAGGGACACCUCUAGGGACAGCGAUGGGGACAGGGCCGGGGGCGGCGUUCCCGCUGCAGCCCCGCGCGCUGCCCGAGGAUUUCGGGGAGGAGCCGCAGCCCUACGGAGCCGCGGGGGUGCCGCUGGAUCGCCGCUACUCGCACAGCCUGUACCACGACGGCGAUGCCGAGGCGCAAACCGGGACGGGAUCCAUGGAAAAUCUGGGAUUUGGGGCGCAGUUCCCGCCCCGCGAGGCGCAGCCGCCGUUCCGGGCGCCCGAAUCCUUUGGGGUCGCUCAUCCCGAGCCCUUCGCUCCCGAAAUUCCUCAGGCCGUGCCCGACAGCCAAGCCCGGCUCAGCGUGGGCAGCGUCUACAGGCCCAGCUUUGGGGCCAGGGGGCUCCCGGACCUGGUCCCGGACCCCAACUACGUGCAGGCCUCGACGUACGUGCAGAGAGCGCACCUGUACUCGCUGCGCUGCGCCGCCGAGGAGCGCUGCCUGGCCAGCACGGCGUACGCGGCCGAGGCCACCGACUACGACGUGCGGGUGCUGCUGCGCUUCCCGCAGCGCGUCAAGAACCAGGGCACGGCCGACUUCCUGCCCAGCCAGCCCCGCCACCGCUGGCAGUGGCACAGCUGCCACCAGCACUACCACAGCAUGGCGGAGUUCAGCCACUACGACCUGCUGGAUGUCACCUCGGGCCGCCGGGUGGCCGAGGGACACAAGGCCAGCUUCUGCCUGGAGGACACCACCUGCGACUUCGGCCACCUCAAGCGCUACGCCUGCACCGCCCACACCCAGGUCCAGGUCAAUCCCAAAUAUUUGGUGCUGGAGUCGGAUUUCACCAACAACGUCGUGCGCUGCCACAUCCACUACACCGGGCGCUUCGUGUCGGCCUCCAACUGCCGCAUCGGCCAAUCCUGA